AUGGCUGCUGCUGCUAUCAACGGAGGUCGGCGUCCCUUCGUGGAUCUAGUAUCGGUGGUUCCUCAACCUCUUCCAGAUAUGUUUGUGGCUUUUCGUCUGCCGAAGUCUAAGGAUGGAGAAAUUUUUUUCCAGUUCUCUAAGGAAGAAGUUCAACGUUCUGCCGAGCCUUUUCGGUAUUCGAUCGUAUUGAAGUUUUUGAGAAACAGACCAUCAUUGGAUGCCAUUCGGGCCUUCAUUCAUAAGCGAUGGAAUCUUGAUGGAGUUCCAGUCGUCUCCAAUAUGCGGCAUCCUCGGAAUGUUUUUAUUCGAAUGGUUUCAGAAGAAGAUUGCAAUAAGGCUCUGUCUCGUGAAGUCAAUGAUAUCGAUGGAAUUCCUUACCGUCCAUUCCACUGGACUCCAGAAUCUAAAGAAGAAGAAGAACCUUCGCUUGUUCCGGUGUGGAUUGUACUUCCAGGUUUGCCUCCGAAUUACUAUCAUGAAUCUUUCCUUAAAAUUCUUACAGCACCUAUUGGUAGAUUUAUUAGAAGUGAUAACUCUACUCGUUGUGUUACUCGGACUGAUGGUGCUCGUAUCUGUGUUGAAAUGGAUGUUGCUAAGAAACCGUUACUUUCUUUUUGGAUUGGAAUGCCUAGUUUGGAAACUAGCAGAAAGCAAGAAAUUGUUUAUGAAACGUUGCCAGCGUUCUGUUCUAAAUGCCAUAUACAGGGACAUAAUUUAAAGACUUGCCGUGCUGGGCAAAAAAAUGUAGGAAAGGUUGAGUCAAAAGAAUCAGCUAAGGAGGAUCGGGUGUUAGUUGUUCAAGCGGAUAAUCUUGAUCAUGCGGAGUUGGAAUCGGAAAAGUAUCCAGAGGAUGAACUUGAGAUUCCGGAACGUGCGGAAGAGAUGAUUCCAAGAAUUAUGAACGAUCAUUUGGAUUGUGCGAACCGUUUGAGGGAAACAGAAUUAGAAACAGAUAUGAGGGAGGGGGAGUUUAUUCCUAGUUCUGCAGAAAAAGAUGUUUAUGAUGGACCUGCGGAAGAGGUAUGUCUGGAAGAUGGGUCGAUGUCUGAUCCAGAGCCUGAGAAAUGUGUGGAAGUUUUUUUGCAGGAGAAGGAAUAUCACUCGGCUGCCGAAGAUGAAGUUGUUAAGCGUAAAUAUCAAAAGAGGCAGUUUGAGAAGAUCCGUAGUUCUAGGCGGAGUGUGGUUAAAAUCCAUAGUUUCAUGCGGUUAUUGAAAUUUGAUGAGGCGAUAUCAAAUGAGACUGAUGGUGGUAAAAUCUGGGUGUUUUGGAAAAAUGAAUUGGAUGUGCAGGUGGUUCGCAUGAGUUCGCAGUUUGUGUCAUUAUGCAUUACCGAAGGAAGUAAUCAUUUCUUGGGUAAUUUUAUUUAUGCAAAGUGUAAUAGGCUUGAACGACAACUGCUUUGGGAGGAGUUGAAUUCGGACAGAAUGGGUGUGGAGCCAUGUUUGUUUGCUGGGGAUUUCAAUGUAAUUUGGUCGGAUAUUGAGAGAUGUGGUGGGCGUCUGAGGAAUAGAGUUGCAAUUGAUGAGUUUAAUAGAUGGAUUCAUCAGGGUGGGUUGUUGGAAAUGAAUUCACAAGGUGGUAAGUUUACAUGGUGUAAUGGUCAGCAAGGAUUAUCUAGAGCUUGGGCAAAGCUGGAUAGAGUUUUACUUGAUGCAAAUUUUCUAUCUCUUUUUUCGACUGCUCAUUGUUUGUAUCUUCCUAGGACUACAUCGGACCAUUGUCCUAUGGUAAUAGAAUUUUUAAGUGAUCCUUUCUCUUAUGGUCCACCUCCAUUUCGUUUUCAGCAAAUGUGUGUUGAGCAUCCGGAUUUUAUGACUCUUGUUCAAAAGGUUUGGUCUGAAUCGGUUAUAGGUUCGGGGCUGUUUAAAUUAGCUACGAAACUUAAAAAACUUAAGGUGGCGUUGCGUGUAUGGAACAAGAGUGUAUUUGGGAGAACUAAUACUCAGAUUGCUAUUCUUGAAGAUAAGAUUGAGAAUCUGGAAAAUUUGUUGCAGAGAGGUUGGGAUGAUGAUAUUGAAAGGGAAUUAGUAAGGAGUUCUAAUGAGUUGUCUUCUUGGAGGCUUAGGGAGGAUAUUAGAUUGGCACAAAUGGCUAAAAUUAAGUGGAGAAUGGAUGGUGAUAGGAAUACAAAAUUUUUUCAUGUGUGGUUAUCUAAUAAAAAGCAUAGGAAAAUUCAUCAGUUAAGAACCUCGAAUGGGUUGGCGUUUAAUUCUCCGGAAGCAAUUCAUCUUGGAGUUGUUGAUUAUUUUUCUGAUUUUCUUCAAAGAUCUAAUCCGGUUAGGGAGGUGCCUGAUUUAUCUAGUUUAAUUUCGUCGGUUAUUAAUGAUGAGGAUUGUGUCCGGCUUUGUGGGAUCCCUUCGUUGGUUGAAGAUAUAGCUCAUCUUUUGACUACUAGGAAACAGGGGAGGAAAGGAACUAGCCAGGGCACUACUCGGAUCGGGGUUCGAAUCGUUAUGGAUGCAUCCUCUCACACCGUGACUGUACGCGGUGUUCAGUUCGAGCUACUCGGGAUCUGUCUCAUAGCUGAGACAUCUGUAGCAGUGGUAGGCACAUCUACAGCAACUGCAGGCACAUUUACAUCAGUUGCAGGCACAUCUGAUGCAGAUGUAGGCACUUCUACAUUAUCUACUGGCCCAUUUGAGUCUAGGGCUAGAGAUGUAGAUAGGUCGAAGGUUGAGGGUACUGAUCAUGAGGCUGAGGAUGAUGACUGA